CGUAUUUCCUGUUUUUAAAAAAACACACACACAAUUUUGAAUCCUUCUUCCCUCCCUUCAGGCCAGGUUUCCGGAAGGGCGGUUGGCUUUUGUGCGCCAUCGCGGGAGGAAGGAGGUCACGAUGGAGGAGCGGGUGAGGAAAGGAAACAAUCAUAUUUCUACCUGCGGUGGCAUCGCAAUUGGAAAGGCUGUGUUGAAUGGAAAAGGCGGCACCCUGACAUCACCUUGUAAGGGGCCUUGUGCUGAGUGCAUGACAGAUCCAACGAUAAGAGGUACACUGGUGGUACAAUCCGAGGAUGAAGAUGGUGGCGGUCAACCUCCCACAGUAGUGCAUUUUGGGGGUCCUGAGGGAAUAGUUAAAUACUGCGGAAAUUGCCCCGUAGUGAAGGAGGAACCUGAAGAAGCCCCCGCCCAGCAAUGGGAAACGCGGUGGCAGGAGUUCCUGACUUCAGUGGAGGAUUCUUCUUCGCUGCCAGAAGCCCCCCACUUUCCGCAGGAGCCAGCCCCCUGGAACGACACUCCGGCCUUCCUGGCCUCCUUUGAACAAGUGGCCAAAGCAUAUCAGUGGCCAGAGGAAGAGUGGGCGGGUCGCCUCCUUCCGACUCUUAAGGGGGAAGCCGAACUGGCCUUCAGCAGCCUGGAGGAUGAAGAAAGAGAGGAUUAUCGGAAAGUGAAGGCAGCCAUCCUGAGAGGCGACACCCUGAACCAAGAGAAGAGCCGUCAGUGCUUCCGGCGUUUUUGCUACCAGCAAGCAGACGGGCCGAGGAGCGCUUACAACCAGCUGCAGGAGUUUUGUCGGCAGUGGCUGAAGGCUGAGAGAAACUCCAAGGAGCAGAUCUUGGAGCUGUUGAUCCUGGAGCAGUUCCUGACCGUUCUGCCUCCAGAAAUCCAGGCUUGGGUCAAGAAGCAUCAUUUGCAGAGCGGCGCCCAAGCUGUUUCCCUGGCGGAAGAUUACGUGCUCAGUUGGAAGCCUGCGGUGAAAGAAGAGCAGACACCCGUGUCCCAAGUAGAAGGAUCCCCCCAUUUGUCACAGCUGGAGAAAACCCCAUCGGACGCUGGGCAGAGAUUACCUCCAUCCUGGGAAUCUGAGAUGGAGGAAGAUACAGACCUCUCUGAUACUGACUGGUCGGGUGGUGGGAUUUCCAAACAAAAGCAGUUGCAAGAUGUGUCUCCAGAAACAGGCGAUGGGUUUUCUCAUCAGGAAGAAGUAUCUGAGAGCUGGGAUGGAGAGAAAAGCAAAAAGGACAGCAUGAAAGCUAAUCAAACCGUGGACAAUCAGAAAACACACCAGAGUCAAAGCUGUUAUGUAUGUGGGAAGACUUACAACUUACCACUUCACUUGUAUAAAAGAAUCCACAAAAGGGGAAAAUUGUACAGAUGCUCCCAGUGUCAAAAAGGCUCAGUGCCGUUUAGGCAGUCUAGUUCAUCAGGGAAGACCCUCAAAUGUUUGGUUUGUGAGAAGGUUUUCUGUAACAAGAAGAACCUCAGAAGGCACCAGAAGACCCAUACAGGAGCUAAGCCGAAUAUCGGUUCUGGAGAUGGUUUCAUGACAAGAUUUUCCCAUCAGAAAAACCACGCAGACGGCAAAUUAUCUCUGCCGCCCCCUGAAAUAACGGUGUAUUUGUGUGGUAUUUGUGAGGCAAGCUUCAACAGCACCUUGGAUCUUGAUGCACACCAGAGAAUCCACAAAGGACAAAACCCCUCUGAGCGUGGAAAAAAUUCCAGUCAAGAGACAGACCUGAGAAAGCAUCAGGAAACACAAUCUCUAGAGAAGCCCUUUGAAUGCAUCGACUGUGGAAAGCGUUUUGUAUGGAUGACAUCAUGUAAUAAACAUCGGAGGAACCAUUGUGGGAAUAAGACCAGCACUGGUGCUCUGCUUUCAGAUACAUGUAUCCAAAAAGAAAUGAAUAAAAAUCCCUACCCUAGUCCAGAGAAACUUAAAACACUUCAGAAUAUCCACAGGGGAGAAAAAACCCAUCAGUGCACUAUCUGUGAAGAGAGGUUCACUGACAGUUUGUCACUUGAGGAACAUAAAAAGAUGAUCCAUAACAAAAAGAACUCGGCACCUCUUCUCCAAUCACAUCUAAGUCAGCAUGAGCAUGUCCACACUCAAGAAAUGCCGAGUGGGUCUGUCAAUAUUGGGGAGAGUUUCAUGUUGAGUUUAUCCUUUGAAAGUCAAAGAACAAAUCGUGAGGAAAAGAAUCAAGGACCUCUUCUGAAAAGCCCACAUAAGCACAAGUGCUUAGAGUGUGGAAGAACGUUUGACCGGCCCUCACGCUUAAAGCAACACCAAUUCAUCCAUUCCGGAGAAAGACCGUAUCAAUGCACUGACUGUGGAGAAAGGUUCCUGUGGACUUCAUCACUUGAUGUUCACAAAAAAAGAUUCCAUAAACAAAAUAAAAGUUAUAGUAAGUCAAAAUCCUGUAUGUGCUCUGAGUGUGGGAGGACAUUUAGCGGGCCAACCUAUCUGUCCCAGCACCAGCGUGCCCACACCAGAGGGAAACCCGCUCAAGAUGUCAACCCCGGAGAAAGUACCACGGGGGGUUCGUCACUUGAUUUGCACAGUACGAAGGUCCAUGAUGGGAAGGAACUGGUUCCUUCUCUCUCUGAAGUGGGCCAUAAGGACAGGAAAUCCUUUACAUGUAACAUAUGCGGGAGGAACUUCAGUCAGGGAUCCAACCUAAGGAAGCACCAACGACUUCACACAGGCGAGAAACCUUAUCAAUGCACUGACUGUGGGGAGCGAUUCAUGUGGACUUCAUCACUUAAUUCUCACAGAAAGAAGACCCAUAAACGAAAGAAAGUGUCUCAUAAGAAGGUGAAUACUUUUGUGUCUCCUGAGUGUGGGAAGACAUUCAGCGGGGCAAGCUAUCUGGCCCAGCACCAGCAAGUCCACAUUGGUUCCACUACAUGUCCCACAUGUGGGAAGAACUUUAAUCAGUUAUCCGACCUAAAAAAGCACCAACGCAUCCACACAGGCGAAAAACCCUAUCAGUGCACUGAUUGCGGGGAGCGAUUCACAUGGAGUAAGUCUCUUGGUCUGCAUAGAAAAAACUUCCAUAAGGGGAAGAAACUGGUCCCUGUUUUGCAAAGAAUAACCGUAAUUCCAGGGGAAUUCCUUCUAUGGUCUGAGAUGGGGGAAAAAGUCAACCAGGCAAAACACGUAACAAGACCUUCAGAUGGGUGCAUCAAAGAGAAACCGUAUAAACACACCGACUCUGAGGAGAGUUUCAUAUCACCUUUGUCUCUGGGAAAGGACGGUGAGAGAAAGAAAGCGGAGCUGUCAAGGAGCGCUGAUAAGAAGAAGGAAGCCCACACGUGUUCUGAGUGCAAGAAGAGUUUUGAGUGGGCCUCACAACUGCGACGACACCUGCGGGUCCACAGCGGAGAAAAGCCCUUUCAGUGCCCCGACUGUGAGGAAUGUUUCACAUGGAGCUCAUUGCUUGAUAGCCACAGAAUGAAGGCUCACACUGGAAAUAAACCCAAUGCCUGUUCAGAGUGUGGGAAAAGCUUUGACUAUCCAUCACAACUGAAAAAACACCAACGAACCCACACAAGAGAGAAACCCAAUCCGUCUGCUAAUAGUGAAGAGAGGUCUGAAGAUCAUGACACUGGGAAAGCAGGAGGCGCUGUUAAGCAGGUGCAAAAAUAUGUAUGUGCCAAGUGCGGGAAAUGCUACAACAAAGCGUCAAAACUAAGAACACACAGCCGCCUCCACUCUGGAGAUAAGCCAUUUCAAUGCUCUGAAUGUGGGGAAAGAUUCAUGUGGAAUUCGGGUCUUUAUCGACAUACAAUGAAGAUCCAUAAAAGAACAAAACCCCAGCCACUUCUGCAAAGGGGAUCAGCUGAUGGGGAGGAACCCCAGAAAGAUUCCAGGUCUGAAAAACCCAACAAAGGGCAGUUGUAUCUACUAAAGGAGCUGGGCAUAUGUAACCAGGAGAAAUCCUACCUUUGCUCUGAGUGUGGAAAAUGUUUCUGGAAGGAAGCAAAUCUUACAAGACACCGACAAGUCCACCUCAGGGCAAAGAUGUGCAAAUACGAGUAUCAAAGCAGUUCCAUUCUUAAGGAAAGUCUUGAGAAAGGUGAGAGCCCUCACUCUGAACUGCAACAGAUGUCUGUACAGAUGUCUGAAAAGAAGCCUCUACAAAUCUUGAGUCACCAGGAUGAAGGCGAGCAGAUAUCUGAAGAGGAGUCUCUACGACCCUUGAGUCACCAGGAUGAAGGCGAGCAGAUGUCCGAAGAGGAGUCUCUAGGACCCUUGAGUCACCAGGAUGAAGGCGAGCAGAUGUCCGAAGAGAUGUCUCUACAACCCUUGAGUCACCAGGAUGAAGGCGAGCAGAUGUCUGAAGAGAUGUCUCUACAACCCUUGAGUCACCAGGAUGAAGGUGAGCAGAUGUCCGAAGAGAUGUCUCUACAACCCUUGAGUCACCAGGAUGAAGGCAAGGAGAUGUUUGAAGAGAUAUCUCUACAACCCUUGAGUCACCAGGAUGAAGGCGAGCAGAUGUCCGAAGAGAUGUCUCUACAACCCUUGAGUCACCAGGAUGAAGGUGAGCAGAUGUCCGAAGAGAUGUCUCUACAACCCUUGAGUCACCAGGAUGAAGGCAAGGAGAUGUUUGAAGAGAUAUCUCUACAACCCUUGAGUCACCAGGAUGAAGGCGAGCAGAUGUCCGAAGAGAUGUCUCUACAACCCUUGAGUCACCAGGAUGAAGGCAAGGAGAUGUUUGAAGAGAUAUCUCUACAACCCUUGAGUCACCAGGAUGAAGGCGAGCAGAUGUUUGAAGAGGAGUUUCUAACACCCUUGAGUCACCAGGAUGAAGGCGAGCAGAUGUCAGAAGAGGAGUCUCUAACACCCUUUCUAACACCCUUGAGUCACCAGGAUGAAGGCGAGCUGAAAUCAAUCAAUCCUGAAGACCCAGGAGAAGUUUGAGGAAAACCUUGUUUGCCGAAAAAAAAAUUGAUUCCAGAAUCUAUGCUGUGGAAAAUAUUUGAAAGUUUUUAUACCUUUAAGAAAUACAAAUACUAUUGCUUUAGAGUUGGCAUUAAAUUAGGUAAUGAUUUAAAAUAGAUGUACGUAUUUUCCCCAAAGUUUGAUAGGAACGUCUGUAGCUUUCAUUUUUUAUAUUGCUUGUUUAAAACUUAAAAUUCCAGGAGAACAACAUGUAUCUGAUCCCAGAUAAAUUUGAAAUAAUGUGUUCAUCAAGAUAUAUUACAUAUUGCUGUUGAUCAUUGUCAGUAACCUCCCACAUAGUGUGGAAAGUCAAUGGGUGGGAUUACUUACAAAGUUUUACUUAAUAGUGUACUGUACUGUUUUCCCCUCUUUUAUGGAUAUGAUUAUCAGUUGCUGUUUUAGUGUAGUUCAACAAGGGAAACCCCAAUAAAAUGCAUUUUAUCCAAAA